AUGCAAAUUAUGAUGUCGUCAGAGCAGGUGCUUCCCCUUGGCUUGCAGAGUUUGGAAUCCACCAUUUUCUGAGAGUUGCAGCAGGAGGAGGUUGACUGUUAGAGCUGUGGUGAGUUGCGGGGAGGAUAACUCUGGACCAGUCACAGGCACGGGACUCGCUCCCAGCUAUCUAACACCUCUAGCAAGGCGGUGACUUAUCUGUUUUUGUAUCUCUCUCUCUCGCUCAACACAAGACAAUGUCUUAAUUAGGCUUGUGUAUUUAAUACGAACAUACAGGCCGAGAGAUUUUACCUGGAGUAAUGUUUGUAUCCUGGGAGAGUGAUUUCAUGUGAGUCAAGCACCUUACACAUAGUCGUUAUAAAGGUAAUCAUUGAUGAUGCCCGCCUUGUGUCAUUGCACGUCAAUCAGGAGAAUUUAACUGGCAGGUCAAUCUCAGGUGUUUAAAAAAGGUGAUUUUGUCAUACCAGGAUCACAAUUCCAACUGCAAGGUGAAGAAAUAACAACAUGUGUUUUUGGCUGAUAGUGUAACCUCAAAUGCCUGACGUAUUCGCCAUUCACUGAGGAAAUCUGUAUAAUGACAGCUCAUAGAGGAAUUAUAAGGUGUGUUAUUGACUUAGCCAGCAUUACCGACAUGGAGUAGAUAUGAAGAGAAUUUGAUGGCUUGAUAAGAGAGAUAUUACUACUCCUCGGUGAUAGUAGUACACCUACAAACACGUGUUCCUCUGGUGUAAAGUACACAGAUUCUUUCUACAAGUCUGAUCCUGUGAUCUUAAAACCGAUUAAUAUAUACCAAGAUUGUUUAUCCUUUACUUGGCUUAUACAGACUUAUAUUUAAAAAACAUUACAAGGAUCAUUUACCGUGUUUAGACCUGACGUUCCACCUAUCUGGUUACCUUGUUUAUGAAAAGGAAGGAAUAUGAAAGGAGCUGUGUAGUGCUGUGUUAGUGCCCUGUGUGUUCACUGCAGCUCAGUAGAGCACAUGUCACUGAGUAAGUCACUGCUGCUCACCCCGGGGCCACUGGGAGGCUGCUGACCUUACCCCUGAUUGGUACUGGAGCCAACAGCUGACCAGGCAGUCACCUCCAUGUGAUCAUUAGCCACAGGUUUAUGCACAUCUUCUAUCUCCUCAGGAAAUCCUGGAGGAAGUUUUUCUGAUCUCAACACAGCAGGAGUCUUAACAUGAUGCAAAAUUGUUCAGGAAUGGAGUGUUCUACAGGAGACACGUGCUUUGUGAAGCGAGAGGUAGUGAGCGUCACGGGAGCUGUACAGCUAGACUCCAGGGACAUCCCCACCGCUCAAAACAAUGCCUUCAGGCUACCACCCUCCUCCUGUAAAAAAUGUCUCAAGGAAAGAACCGGCAAAAACAAUAAGUGGAAACAAAGACAAUUACGUAAACAAACCAAAGCACACAGCCCUAUAGUGAUUCAGCUAAAAGACACUCUAAAGGCAGCUUUAAAACAGAAACAGCGGACCCUGGCAGAUACCUUGCUCAAGUCCAAACAGCGUGAGGAGUCAGAGGACUGCAAGCUCAGUAACAGUGAUGUUAGUGUUGUGUCCGACGAAGAAAUCGCCAGUAGCAAGGAAAUCAAAACGAAAAAAGACGUUAAAAAUUUAAGUGCCUUAAUCUCAGUAAUUGAGAAGACUCACAGAAAAGAUAAAAAGUUUCAUGUAGGAUCUAACAAUCUUGCAAGAAAUACUCGAACGAAAAGUUCUAAAUUUGUGGCAGAUUAUGUUUUAAACAAUGCCACUUACUCUUUAGAAAAUACUGACCAGGUCAGUAGUAAACCUAGAAGUAUUGCUGAGUGUGAGAAUGUGGAAGUCAUCUGUAAUGACUUGAAUGAAAGUGAUAAAGGAUCAUACAUGGAAGACACAGAGAGUGACACUGUGUCCACUAUCUCAAGCUCGGAGUCUCAGUGUGAGUCUGAUGCUUCAAACUCACAGCCAGAAACUAUGGAGACAGAGAUGACCCCUGAGGAAUUGGAGAGGCUGGCCCAGUUCACCACUGGCUGCCCACUGAUUCGCUAUGAUUGCCCGCCCUCGGAGUGCCCCCAGUGCCUGUCUGAGUUCUACUACAACUAUCAGUAUUACUAUGAUCAGGGUCUUGCUCAGCCCUUCCAGGCACCCCCAGAAACCAAGGAGCCUCAGGAGGAGAGUCUGGAAAGUGAGGCAGAAGAGGGCGUGGAAGUAAUUGAAGAGAGUCAGAGUCAGGUCGAAGAUGAAGCCACUGAGGCAGAGAUAAUUGACACAAACAGCCCCAGUGAAAAGUCAGACUCGCCAACAAAGCCGAGCAAGAAAGCUUCAACCAAGCAACUGUUGGACAUCGGCAUCAAGUCCCCUCAGGAGCCGUUCCCGGAUGACGUCUAUGUUGACUUGACUGAUACUGAUGUGACUUUUACUGUAUAUUACCACCACGACCUCACAGAGGAUAUGGAAAGUAACUAUGCAAGCACACCCACCUUUUUACCCCCUAUGGUGCCAUAUCAUAUGAUGACCCCGUUUACAACGAAUCCCUAUUUCACUGUGCCAUAUUGUUACUGGCCCUACAUGUAUCCUCCCUCAUACAGCUUACGGAACUCCAUGUACCUACCGGAGGACACAGAGUCCAUCCCCAAAACUCACAUGAUUCCCCCCAAAGAACUGGAGAAAUUCAAUUCCACCGCCCCCACAGUUCGACCAUGGAUCCCAGUCAAGGCAGCAGACAAGUCCAGACCAAGUGCCAUUUUCACGGUGAUGUGCUACAAUGUGUUGUGUGACAAGUAUUGCACACGCCAGAUGUAUGGCUACUGUCCAACCUGGGCGCUCAACUGGGAAUACAGGAAGAAGGGGAUCAUCGAAGAAAUCCGACACGGUGCAGCCGACAUAAUCAGUCUACAGGAAGUAGAGACGGAUCAGUUCCAUAACUUCUUCCUCCCCGAACUCCAGAGAGACGGCUAUGAUGGAAUCUUCUCGGCUAAAUCCCGUGCCAGGACAAUGACAGAAGCAGACAGAAAACAUGUGGAUGGAUGUGCAAUAUUCUUCAAGACUAGCAAGUUCAACUUAGUAAAAGAGGAUUGUGUUGAGUUCAAUCAGCUGGCCAUGGCUAAUGCUGAGGGCUCAGACGACAUGCUGAACAGAGUCAUGACAAAGGACAACAUAGGGUUAGCAGCCAUGUUAGAAACCAAAGAGGGAGCUUACGACAGUGCGAGUUCCUUGAGUGAGGCUCAGGUGAAGCAGCCCCUGGUAGUGGCGACCGCCCACAUCCACUGGGACCCUGAGUUCUCGGACGUGAAGCUGAUCCAGACCAUGAUGUUGAUGUGGCGCCUGAAGCAGGUGAUGGAGGAAAACUUCACCAGCACUGCCUCAGGGGCGGUGGACGUCAACUCCAUCCCCCUCAUCCUGUGUGGAGACCUCAACUCACUGCCUGAAUCAGGUGUUGUAGAAUAUCUUCUCUCAGGAAAAGUAGCUCGCACACACACCGACUUCAAAGACAUAGGUUACGAAGAUGCCCUGCAGAAAAUCCACGCAUCCAAUGACAAGGAUUCUUUUUGUCACGACUUCAGAUUGAACACAGCCUACGAAAAAGACAUCAUGCCAUUUACUAAUUAUACGUAUGACUUCAAGGGAAUCAUUGACUACAUCUUUUAUUCCAAAGAUCACAUGAAUCUGAUCGGUAUGUUAGGGCCACUGGAGGAGGAGUGGUUCAGACAGAACAAGGUGUUGGGAUGCCCCCACCCCCACGUCCCCUCAGACCAUUUCCCGCUCCUGGUGGAGUUUGAGAUGCCAGCUAGGAGCCUCCCUGGGAGCCAGGGGACUCCUCCCCUAGUUCAGUACAGAUAGUGUCCCCCUCAUUGUAACUUCAAAGGGGCACCUCGGUAGUGCAAUGAAAUUAAUGUGAUCUUUUGAAUUCUUUGCAAUGAAUGAUGUUUUUAAAAGGCCUUUCAGAACUGUAUCAGGGAUACUUUGUUUCUUAUUUUUAUACGACCUUCUACAUGUUGAUUCCCAGGCAGUUGUCAUAGUCUUUACAAUAUCAUUUCAUAAUUACUGACCAGUGUCGGUAAUGACUUCUAUUUUUUUUUCUGUCAUGACAACUUUUGUAGCAUGUGCAUUUAUUGUGGUUAUAAAUAAAGUGUAUUAAAAUUGCUUAUUAAGUAAUUUGUGCAUUAUAAUUUCAUACUAUAAAAUUGUUUUUAUACUUGAUGUAAAUAGGCACUUUCUUUUUAUAUAAGUCAUGCAUUGCAAAGAAUAUGAACAAAAUCAAGGGGAGGCCACCCUUGUUGUACAAUGGUUUGCUGUCCCUCGAAUCAAGACCAGGAUUAUGCGUAGUUCUGCCUUCUGGUUGUCAGAUUUUAAUCUUUACAAAUCAUUGUGCUGUGAUGAAUGAUUAUUUCCUUUGUUUGUAUUGACAUGCAUUAAAACAGCUAUUAUUUCCUCUCUGUUAUGGGCUACUGUACAGACUUGUUUUGAAGGCUUUAUGUAGGCUGCAUGAUUUUUUUUAAUGCUUAGUAAUGUUAGACAAAGAAUGAAAUAACUUAUAAUAUAACUGAAAUAUAAAGAGACCAAAAAUACUCAACACGCCAGACCAAAAGGGAAACAACUGUACCUCAGGUUCUGCUUCUCUUUCUUUCCUUUGUUUUUAAGCUAAUGGAACAGAAUUCAGAAAGUACAUACUGGUGUAUAUAUUUUUUGUAAAAGAUAAGUGAAAAAAAAUAAUACUUUUUUCUGAUUUUUUUAAAUAAAGGUCUGGAAUUAGAUUUUUAUUAUUGUAUGUAAGAUGUACAUUUUUGAUAGGUAUAAUGUAAAGUAGGUUUUAUAAGUUAUGCUUGUGUGUAUGGUAUUUAUUUGUGUGUAUUGAUUGGCCUGCGGCAGUGGCCAGUAAAGUACAAUGUUUGAUACCAUGAUCUCAGUCAUUCUUAACCGUGCAUCACUUGGCAAUAUACAUAUCUACCCAUCACCAUUGUAACCAGAAUUUUCUCUGUUCAAACAAAAAAUUAAAUACUAGGAGUUUUUGAUUUUAAAUUGUAUUUCAAACAUUUGUAUUUUGUAACAAACCAACAAAAAAUAAAAACAAGAUGUAUUAGAUCUAUUGUAAUAUUGCUAUGUUACAUGAAAUGCAUAUGAUAUAUUUUGUUUUGUCUGUCAUAGCAGAUCAGGCAGCUUUUUUACACAGAAAUUAUUGAGGUCAGGGUGUAAGCGAGUAAGACGAUGACCGAUUUUGUUUUAUUUCUGGCAUGGUAAAGGUGAGGAAACAUUCCUGUUGUUCUGUUGUAAACAUUGUGUCCACUGUAUUAUAUGAUGUGUUAUAGACUCUUUUUAUGAAGUACCAGACUUGGCGAAAAGACUGCCCAUUAUUUUUUAAAAACUUAGUUAAACUUUUUAUAUAUUUCAAAGUCAAGAUCUAGAGAAUUAAAUUGAUUUAUUAUAUUUACACAAUUUAUACAUUCAAGUGAUUUAUUUUCUUUAAAUAAACCUUUUCGUUUUUUGUUAAAAAAAAUAUUUAAAAACUAUACCAUACCCUUUUCAAUUGAUGUCUGACAGUUAAUACUGAAGACAUGAAAUAAAAUCUAAUUAGACACAUAUUAAAUUGUGAAUUUUUGUCAAAAAUUUUAAGAAAAUACUUUGUCAUUAAAUGCUGCUUUUCAAAUAUUGAAUACGCCAAAACUCAAGAAUGCUAGCUAGAUCUUGACUUUUAAAUUGGAAUACCAGAAAAAAAUGAUGCAUAUCCUUAAUUUUACUUUGAGAUCAAAGGACAGCCUCAGUGUAAUGAAUGAUUUAGAAAUGACCCAACAGUUGUUGAUCAAGGCUGGUAGAGAGUCUCUGUGUACAAGGGGUAUUAUAAACUAGUGCUUCACAUACUCUGUAAAGAUAGGGAGGUGCAUUUCAACAAGAUCUGACAUUGUUCUCUGUACAUAAAUCGGUCAGUGCUGGCUAGAUUGUGUUAGAGUUUCCUUUUUUAACUUUUUUUUGGUGGAGUUUGUCUAUUGUUUGUCUACAGAAAAUCUCACAGGAAUACAAAUAAAAAAUAUAUACAAAUUA